CGGAUGUUAAUUCUGCGGCUUUGAUCAUCAUGAUCACCAGCAAAGCGAACCUCGAAAUAAUCUAUUUCAACUAAACUACAGAACGAGUGCGACCAACCGCAUGCCAUUGCUCACUCAUUACAACUAUCUAUUACGAAGGCACAACCCGACGAUAAUAUCCUGCCAAACGGGACAUCGUGGACUUACUGCUCGGCGGGACGUCUUCGUUCAUCCUAAACUUGACUAUCGCCACACAACUUCGAGUUAUGUCACUGUUUCUCCAUAUCCAACUGAAGGGCGAAGCUGCAAGGUCGCUGGUCGAUGACCAGUAUAAACGUGUACCAAAAUACCCCGAUACUAUGAAGGAGGUCCUUGGAUCCUUAGGCAUACCACUUCCUCACAAGUAUGCGCCGAUUUGGAAGAGUGGAGUAAUCAAAGGAAUAUACUCGGAGCAUAACGAGAGCACCAGUUUUUAUAAUUCGUUGGAUUCUGGAUUUUCACGAGCCAGGAAUUCCGCUUCAAUGUUGGAGAAGUAUUCAAUAAAAUAUAUCAAGUUAUGCGAAUUAGGCUCUCAGAAAUGGUACCUCAACACCGGUGACAGAUGGUCAAAGGCUACGAGUAUUCCUUUAGCUCUCCGCAUACGGCCAGUAUCGUCAAGUACACGAAGGUCGGCUUCCCCUCCCAGGAGAAACCGACCCUUUACUCAAGAUCCUAGAGAAUUGAACUCCCCUAGAGAGCCCCUGAUCCCCCAGACAUCCGCUGCUGGAUUUCACAAGAAUGACAGAGCUGAUGAUUCUCCAGCUGAAGGUUCAGCCAUCGACUCUACAAUGGAGAGGCUACUGAGUAUCAGUCGUUCAUUGAGUGACCAAACAAUUGAUGUCCAAUCAAUAAAGCCUGAUCCAGAUGCCAAUUCACCUAUGGAGUCACCGCCCAUGAAACGCACCCGAUGGGGUGGUCCUCAAGCGCCGGUCCUACCAUCUACUAUACCCCCAUCCGCGGAAAACCGCAAUCAAGUCGUAGAAGCGCAUCGCGCACUGUGGGAUGUUCGCAGAGAGCUCGCCACACUUCGUUCCAGAGAAAAGGCUUUAUUUGCGAGGAUCAAGGCGCUGGGAAGUGCCGAUUCACUCACGGAUCCGGAAGAACGACAGGAAGAUACUCUGAGACAUCGGCUUGAACUGAGCGAAAGUCUAGUUGUGGCGUUACAAGACGACUUGCAUCAAGAGCGACUUAAGAACAAAGAACUGCACUGGCAAUAUGUUACUCAAUCCCACCGUCUGGAGCACCUUGAGACGGCGCUAGAGAAGGCAACUAGGGACAUGAACGGUCGUUCCCUGGUCCCUGCAAUUAUGAGCGCUAUGACCAGAAUCUCGUAUCUUUCAGAUGAAGCUCUGGAUGCUGCACGGAGAGAAGCUGUUCACGGGAAGGGUUAAAUUCGCCGUUGCGUCAGAGACCUUACAUUUAUGUGGACGGUGUAUACUGUGCCAUGUUAUCCUGCUUUACCUUGCAGAUUUUUUGGGUAGUUGGCGGCCACUACUUACAUAGUGACCUCCAUGUAUAACGCGAUCAUUCCUACGUUUGGAGUUCUAUUUCCACGUUCGACUUCUCUUGCUAUUUUGGUAGCUGCCCACAUGUUCAACUUGUGGAUACUUUCUCACCAACAGACAUUUCCAAUGUUCCUUGCGCAGGUUGUCUUCGCACAACCACCAUCGAACAGAGCUCGUUGUG